AUGUCAGGAAGAGAGUUUCUUGAACUAGAUACUCCACAGCGAAGUCUAUAUUUGGAAAAGUGUAAGCGGGUGGAACUCAUACAAAAGAUGCUCGAUAAGCUUCCUAAAGCAGAUCAGAACCUCUGUAAUUACGGAUCGUACUUCCUUGCAGUGAACGCAAGCUUAUGCGGCUUAGUGACAAACCACUUCUUCAGGAACAUCCUACACGUCAGGAGGGCUGCCUUCAUGUCGGCUUUGCCGAUGGCUGUGGUCCCGUUUAUUUCCACAGCAGUGAUUUAUGACAUUUUUGUGCGUGAGGCUUUAUUUGUAGGUGAACUAAACUGUGAGGUCUGUGCCGUGGUCAGAGGAGGACUGAUAGGGGCUGUUGUGGGUGGUCUCUAUCCCAUGUUCCUGGCUCUCCCACUGAACGCAAGCCUUGCGGCCAGCGUCUUUAGGAAGAUGAGCUUGGGUGUACUGCUGCAGGCUCUAACUGGAUUGUACCUUGCCACUAAGCAUCACGGAAUAUAUGUCAAAAUCCUGCAGCAGAUGAACGCCAGCAGGGAUCCUGAGGAGUUACAAGCGUGA